AUGCCAGGGGCCUUGCAGCACAAGAGAAUGAAGAUAAAAUGUUGGUACAAUGCUCCAGGAGCUGAUACCAGUAAUGGUGCGGAACAUCUUAAAGAUCCCGAGGUUCCUGAAUGCUCGGAUAUACAGCUUGAAAUCUCUAUUACCCAAAUGAUGCUGCUACCCAAAUCUCUAAUAUCGAAAGGAUGGCGUAGUAAACAUAGGAGACCAUUUAGGAAAUUACAAAAAACUAACCAGCUGAGAAUAAGAAUGACCAGGCUUCUAACUGUUAAGAGCGCAAUAAUUUAUGGGCUAGGCUCCAAGACGUCGCCGGACGAGCUCUAUUGCACAUUGAUCGAGAUUGACACCGACAGAGACGACUUCAUUGAUCUGAAAGAAUUCACCGAGUUCCACCGUGAGGAUCGGAUUCAGACGGCAACAAGAAGGAGCUUUCACGACGCUUUUGACAUGUAUGAUAAGGACAAGAACGACUUCAUCUCUGUUAUUGAGUUGCACACUAUGUUGCUGCUCGUUGAAUGA